UGUUAAAGUCUCAGUGUGUUUUGGACAUGCAGGAAUGUAUUCAGGAAUGGUGAAGCUACUGGGAGUCCACCUCAGCUCCAGUGUUCACCAGAGUGGUGUAUGCAGGAAUGGUGAUGCUACUGGGAGUCCACCUCAGCUCCAGUGUUCACCAGAGUGGUGUAUGCAGGAAUGGUGAAGCUACUGGGAGUCCACCUCAGUUCCAGUGUUCACCAGAGUCCACUGUAUAGUGUACAUGGGGGAGAGGCUGGUUAUAGGCUGCAGAGCAUGAGUGGUGUAUGGAGGAAUGCGUGUGGUUAAUGGUUUGGGUAGGUAUCUGAUUAGAGCAACUAUCAAUGAUGACCUUCUCCAUGUGCUCUAUCAGAGGAGGUGUCAGAGGCUAAUCAUGAGUGAGAUGUUGAGCAGGUCAGCCAGGAAGCGGCCCAGAGACGAUUAUGAAGACUUUCCUCGUAAGAGGGGGCGGUAUAGUGAUCCCGGGCCAAUGGCCAGAGAACCAGAAUCCACUGAACAGAAACUAGAGAGCCUCAUCUCACGAUUAGGAGAAAAGAGCCACAAGAGUCUUGAGAGCAACCUCGAUGUACUGUCCAACCUGCUCAUCAAUGAGAUGGCCUCCAUGACUGACCACAUCCUCACUACCAUUACUAAAUGUGUGGUGGAUAUGAAAGAGAAGGCUUUCAUCUAUUCUACUUUACUUGGACUGCUAAAUGCUAAGAAGUUUGAAGUGGGGGAACAGGCACUGGAGCUUGUGGUAGCUGAGCUACGCAGCGCUUUGACCCUGAGUCAGUACGACAAGGCUCGACACCUCGUGGUAUUUCUGGCAGACUUGGUCAAUUGUAAAGUGGUGAAUGUUAACUCCAUUGUCUCUCUAUUUGAUACGCUGGUGACAGUGACCUUUGAACCUGAUAUCCCUCAAAUACGCUCUGAUGCUUAUAUACACAUGGUCCUGUCAGCACUGCCAAUCGUUGGGGCCGAGCUGGAGGAGAGGAAGAGACAAGAACUGGAGAGAUUACUCGUUACCAUUGACAACUACAUGAGUAAGCGGAGUACACCAUUUCUGCCCAUGUUCCAAGUGUGGGGGGAGGGGCAACCACACCCACAGGAAGAUGGGUUGCGUUUGCUGUGGACCCAAGUGAAGGCUCUGAGGGAGGAAGACUGGAAGACGGCCAUACUGCUCAAGCUCUACACUGCCUUCCAGAGUGAGAUGGGUGGAGCUUAUCUGCAUCCUCUCCCUAGCCUGCCAGUUCCUCCACACUCACCAGACUCUGUCUAUCCUCUCCCCUCUGCUGUGUUCAGACUGUUCUCAUCCACUGACAUGCGCUGCUCUUCCCCUGACACUACUCUACCCUCUCCCACCUCUGCUGAUCGAUUCCUGGCAGAGGAAGCUGUGACUGCCAUACUAGCAAGUCACCAGGGAAGCAGGAAGGAGUGUGCGAGUGCUCUGGUUGGGUUCUCUGAGACAUGUCAGGAGAGGUUGGGAGUUUGUGGAGACUAUGUGAUAGUGGAGGUCUUGUUUGGUCACAUGCUGCGACUGCCACGCCCCCCUCAAGUGCUCAUCUACUACAGCUCAGUCCUCAUAGAGAUGUGUAAGAACAACCCUGCAGUCUAUCCUCAGCUGUUGUCUCAGACCACAGAGCUGCUCUUCUCUAGACUGGACAAUAUGAACACUAUUGCCAUUGACAGGUUUGCCGCAUGGUUCUCACAUCAUCUCUCUAACUUCAAGUAUCAGUGGGACUGGAGCAAAUGGAAUCAUGUGAUCGAGGACGGCCCGACUGACAACCCAUCCGUCAAGUUUGUGUCUGAAGUAUUCGCCAAGUGUAUACGACUGGCGUGCUAUGACAUAUUUGUUGAGAUGGUACCCCCAGAGAUGACCUCUCUGCUACCCCCAGAGCCAGCUCCACUCUUCAAGUACAGACAGGACGAUGACUCGGCUGAGGGGGAGGUAGCUGUACACCUGCUGGAGGCUAUAAAGAACAAGGAAUCGAUUGAUGAUCUUAGAGCAGUUCUUGAGAGUCUCACUGAGGUUGGAAAAGAUCAUCAAAGUGUAGCUCAGACCAGGAUGGCCGUGCUCAUGCAAUGUGUGCUCAAGGUGGGCUCUAAGACCAUUACACAUUGCUUCCUGGCACUAGUCAAGUUUAGACCUCUCAUGAUAGAGCUAGCUGAUGAGGAUGAUUGUAAACUGACUUGCCUCACUACUCUAGCAGAGUUCUACACCAAGAACACGCAGUUUUACACCAAGAACACGCAGCUACAUGGUCUGGUGAUAGACAAGCUGCUGCGUAUGAGUGUAGUGGAUGCAGGGUCAGUGGUGAGCUGGCUGUGUAGUGCCACUCCCCUCUUUACUAGGGGAUUCCCCUGGGAGGUCCUCACCUCCACCCUCCACAAGACCAAGACCUCAUUAGCUAACACCAAGAGAGAGCUAGCAGACACUCGAGACAAACUCAGGAAGGUGUCAGCCCUUGAUGAGGUAGCCUUGGGCGGUGAUGAGAGGACAGACCUUGAAGCUAAAGUAGAGGAAUUAGAGGAGACAAAGGACGAAAGAGAGCGGACUCUACGCCAACUCUUCCUCUCUCUGUUUGAGCGAUUGGCUAGCUCCCUGGGGGGUCAAGGACACAGUGACUUGUGGACACAGUGCACAUUGGACCACUGCAGACACCUACUGGUCCAGAACCAUGCUACUCUGUCCAGGAUGGCUGCUCUGCUGGAGGAUACAGUAUUCACUGUAGAUGUGGACCCACAACUUCUAGAGGUGUUCCAGCAGUUCCAGGCCCUACUAUAGCUUACUCUAAACUUAAUAACAAUAUAAAGGUUUCUUUUUGUACAUACUGUACCGAUAUGCAUAUGCACUAUAAUUAUUACUAUUGUGCUGUGGUUGAAAAUUAUAA